AUGGGCGUUUCUAUUCGCAAGCUACAUCGGGAACUUGAGCAGCUGCAUGAAGAACAAUCCCAUGAUCAUAGGGAAAGCAUUAAACUUUUUCGGGGUCAAGGGCUCAUACAAAGCGACUUUCAACGCUUACUUGACACAAAAAAUGGACUUCUUUCAUUCAAUAACUUUUUCUCAACCAGUAAAUGCAAAAACAUAGCUAUGGUGUUCGUUGAAAGUGCCUUGCAAGAAAAUGAAGAUAUUGUGGGUGUUGUUUCUUCGAUGAACGUCGAUCAAAGUCAAAUCCUAGCUGUCAUUACACCAUUCACCAUGAUGGAUGGUCUCAGCGCUUUUGGAGAAGAACAAGAAGUACUUUUCUUAAUGCGCACCAUUUUCCGUGCGGAUGAUAUUAACCAGAUAACUGACAAUACGUGUCAAUGGAAAGCACAAUUGACUAUUACAAGCGAAAAUGGUCCACAACUUGCCAGUAUCACCGAUCACAUGUAA